GGCAAAUCAAAAGUUGCUUAUUGUUCUAAGCAUCAACUUCAGCCGCUGAACUGUUUCUGCGAGCCGUGUAUGCAACCGGUGUGCUGUGAUUGUACGGUGUUGGACCACAAGGAAUCCACGGGCCAUGAGGUGAUAAACGUGGACUAAGCAAUGAAGAUAUUUUCACCCGCAAUAGAUAAGACACUUGGCGAGAUUGACAGUGAAAAGAAAUCGCUCGAGGAAAAAUGCCACACGCUCGUGAAAGCUUUUGAUAAUGUUGAGCAAAUACAACGCGAGCUUGCCGUUCAAAUCCGACAAACCUUUGAUAGAAUUCGGGACUCGGUGGACGAACGCGAACGGAAGCUUUUCGAUUUAUCCGAAAGAGAAAUAGACCGAAAGAGAACAAUGUUGCGGGACUGCAUGAAACUGGUGACGACACGAGAGAACGAACUCAAGCAACAGUCGGCGAAGCUAACGCAGACAAAAGACCACAAGGACUUAGUGAACAUGUUCGACUUCAAUAAGGCGGCCCGGGAUUGCCUUCAAUCCAAACCGGAUAUACCGGUAUCCAAGUCUUCCGAAGACAUCGCCGUGAGAAUUAGUUUAACAGCCGCCAAGAGAACGGGAUUAGAUCGAAUAGCGAAUUUCGGUGAUGUCGCUUUUAAGUUCGAUUAA